UAGAAAGUGUAUAGUUAUAACAUAUGUAAAAAAAAAACUGAAACAUUUUUAGUUAACUGAUAGAUCUACAAAGUAUCUAAACGAAAAAUGGAAGAAUAUCAAUAUGCAUAUGAUUUUGGAGGUCAAGCCUCAAGAAAUAGCUCAUUUUCUGACAAUGAAAGUGAAUUGAGAAAUGAUAUAAGUAAAGAUAAUGUACAGGGAGGUGAGAAUACUUCUGAUUGCACCUUAAGCUCUCCCCCUCAGGUAAAUUCCCCAGAAAACUCUAGAAUACAAGAUCUAGAAAGAUUCAUGGAAAGUCAAUUGUCCAAUGUUAUUAAUAAAAUCACUUGUUUAGGAAAUUCCAUACAGAGUGUAAACUCUCAAUUACAAAGGAAGUUUGAAUCUGUAGAAAAAGAAUUAUAUACAGUAAAAUCUAAAUUAUCUCAAAUUGAGAACCCUGACCCAGAAAUACAGUUUAAUCACAAUAUUCAUAGAAAUAGUAUUGUAACAAAUACACAACAGUCCAACAUGCAUACUGAUAAAAUUGGGGAUGAUCAAGAAACCGCAAGUUCUAGAAAUGUAAAUCAGUCUAUGCAUACUGUCUAUGAAAUUGCCCCAAACUAUAGAGCAAUGUCCCCAGGUCAACAUGGCGGCAACUUGAAAAUGAAACCUAAACCAUACAAUGGUGAGGAAGACUUACAAGAUUUCCUCACACAGUUUGAAAUCACUGCUGAAAUAAACGGGUGGGGUUAUUCACAAAAAUCUCUAUACUUAGCCAGUAGUCUGACAGGUGGGGCACGGUCAUUAUUAAGUGAAAUGAAUGAGAGGGAAAGACGGGACUUUAAUUCCUUAGAGGAAAAACUAAAAGCUAGGUUCGGCUCUGAAAACAAAGCUGAGGUAUUCAGAACCCAAUUAAAAACUCGAACCAGGGGUAAAAAUGAGACAAUACCUGAAAUGGCCCAGUCCAUAAGAAAAAUGACCAGGCAAGCAUACCCUACUGCUAGUCAAGAUGUAAUAGAAGCCUUAGCUCUGGACAAUUUCAUUGAUGCACUCAAUGAUUCAGAUAUAAGAUUAAGAUUAAGAGAAAUUGCCCCGAAAAAUAUAUUUGAAGCCGAAAAAACAGCUGUUCGUAUGGAAGCACACAGACUAGCAGAUAGACAAAGAAGUAAGUUAGUCUGUACUUUAGGUAGUACUGAGAAAUCUCAGAUUAAAUUAGAUAAUGACAUACCAGAAGUAGAUCAGAGGCAGGUUAGAGUAGAAAGUAGUUCUGAAAGACAUGAUAAAGGGUUUAGCCAGAACAACAACUGGAAAAAACCAGUACACAAAAGAAUGCAUGACCAGUACUAUGGUACCUUCAGAACUGGAAAUAAUAGAUCAAAUUACCAAAAUAGGUUUAAUAAAAGUCAAACAUAUAGGAAUGCAAAUACUAGUAUGAAUGGCAACAAGUAUAGAAACAAUGAAAAUUUCUCUCAAAAUGGAAAAGUACUUGUGUCACAACAAGGUAAAAGUAGGUUCAAUUCAAAUAUGCAGGGAAACGACAAAGUGUCAAGCUGGGGGGACCGCAGCUCGACAAUGUAA